AUGUCUAGAAAUAGGACUCUAGAGUUCAUUAAGAAGAAACAGAAUUGGUUAUACUUGAUUUAUUUAUUCCCAUCAAUUUACAUUUAUAUUGACUCACAAUAUGAUAUAGCAAUAAAUCAAUAUGAUGAUUACAAUACAACUGAUAUAUCAAAAAGCUUAACAUGUGAUGUUUCCAACUUUACAAGAAAUGAUCUUAUAUGUGAUUAUAUCUCUGAGAAUUGUGAUUUAGCAAUAUUCAAUCAUUCAAAGCAAUUUUAUUGUUCUAAUUCAAAUCUCAGCAAGGCAACAUUAAUAAUUACAAUAUCAAUCAUUAUAAUAUUAAUUUUCAUAACAUUUGGUUUAAUAACUUCAAAUUUUCUUUAUCCAAACUUAGAUUUAAUUUCCCAAUUUUUAAAUAUAUCAAAUCGUAUAAGUGGAUUAACUUUAUUAUCUUUAGGUAAUGCAACACCAGAUUUUUUCAGUAUUUUUAAUGCAUUUAAUUCAAAUUCAAAUUCUUUAGCAAUGGGGGAAUUAAUUGGUUCUGUUAAUUUUGUUAUAGUUUUCAUUAUUGGUUCAAUGGGGGUUAUGAAACCAUUUAAAGUUAAUCAUGGAGUUUUUUUAAAAGAUUUAAUUUUUUUCAGUUUACUAAUUGGUUUAGCAAUUUUUUUUAUCCAGGAUUCAAAAUUAUAUUCAAUUGAAUGUGGGUUGAUGAUUUUAUUAUAUAUUGGAUAUGUUAAUUAUUCCAUUUUUUUCACAAAUGAAGGUAAAGAUACAUUACUAUUGGAAGUGGUUACUAAUGAUGAAGAAAUGAAUUUACCUCAAGCUGAUCAUCAUGAUCCAGAAAUAUCAUCAAUAUUAUCCACAAUUGAUGAUAAUAAAACCAAAGGAUUAACAAAAUUUAAUUUCAUUGAUGCUAUAAACAUUUGGAAAUCCAUAUCUCGUAAUUCUAAUAAAUCAUCAAAUAGUUUAGAAAGACCAAAUUCUGAACCUAUUCAACCUCAGGUAUCAAUAACUCAAAGAUCAAGAUCAGAAAGUGAACCAUUAUUACCUAAAAUUCAUCAUCCCAAACCAAUUCAUAUACCUCCAAUAAUAUUAGAAACACCAUCACCAUCGCCAUCACCUCCACCAUCAUCACCAAAACUUCUUGAUUUAUUAUUAUCGAAAGACCCUAUGGACCCACCAUCAUCAAUAUUAAUCAAAUCAACAUAUCCAAUCUUAAUAAUCCUAAACCUCAUAAUCCCAGUAUUAUCAAAUAAAUCCAAUCCACCAAAUUUCCUAAAAUUCAAACAAAAGUUAUUAAUCCUCCAAUCAAUAAUAAUCCCUUGGAUAAUCAUAUAUCAAACAUCGUUACCAUGGACCAUAUCACCCUUGAUUACAAUCAUCCUCUUCAUAUCCCAAUUUUUAAUCAAUUCAAGAUAUAUAAUCCCUCCCUUGGGGUUCAUUACAUCAAUAUUAAUAAUAAUAAUCUUAUCAACCCAUCUAAUAAACCUUUUAAAAAACAUUGGAACUAUGUUUAAAAUUUCAGAAACUUUAUUAGGUCUUACAAUCCUUGCCCUAGGGAAUUCAAUGGGUGAUUUAAUAUCAAAUUUAACAUUAGCAGAAUUAGAUCUAUCUAUUGUUGGUAUAAAUGCAUGUUUUGGUUCACCAUUAAUUUAUAUUUUGCUGGGGGUUGGUAUAAAUGGAUUAAUCAUUAAUUUCCAACAUGGUGAAAAAGUUAUGGAUUUAGAUAUUGAUUUACAAUUCAAGAUUAGUUGUUUAGGAUUAUUUGGUGGAUUAAUCGUAUUAGGUUUGGGGGUUCCAAUUAAUGGAUGGUGGAUUGAUAGAAAGAUUGGGAUUGUUUGUAUAUUAUGGUGGUGUUUAAUAACAGGAUUAAAUAUUUAUUAUAAAUAA